GGAAGGAGAGAGGGAGGAGGAGAGGAGGAGGAGGAGGAGGAGGAGGAGGGGAGGGGAAGCAGAGCCGAAGCUCGGGAACAGAGAGCGCGCCCGGGAGCAGCAGCAGCAGCAGCAGCCGCCGCAGGAAGGAGCAGGAGGAGAAGAAGAAGAAGAAAAGAGCAGAGCGGAGCAGAGCCGCGCGGAGGAGAGGUGGCGCUGGAAGCAGCGGGCGGGCGCGGGGACCGGGCUCCCUGGAUGCUGGAUUUUCGGACUCUCGCUGACUCUCUCCCGCUCCCCGCCGCCGGACUGUGAGCGACAGGCACCAGCGCCGGGCGGCAGCGGCCGGGGGCUCUGCUCGUGGCGGCUGCUGCUGCUGCUGCGGGGCUCGGAUUAAAUUGGCCGCCCCGGAGACGAGCGGGAGCAGCGGGAGGAGGUGGCGCCGGCGGAGGGAAGCGGCGGCGGUGGCGGGCGGGCGGGCGGCGGCGGCGGCUGCUGCUGGGACCGGGGGAGCCAGCAUGACCAGCAGGCUCUGAAAAUAUUUCAUCCGAAAUUUCAGACGGGACAGACUCGCAGUGGCUUCUAAGCCCGUGAGAACGAGGCUGCUAAAGCAUGCUGGUGCCAAGCUGUCGGAUGAUGCACGUAGUCAGGCCGGUGGUGGUGCUCCUGUGCUUGCUGCUCUAUGCUGAUGCUGAAACACCACCAAAGUUUACAAGAACUCCCGUUGACCAGACCGGGGUCUCUGGAGGAGUCGCCUCAUUUAUCUGUCAAGCUACAGGAGACCCAAGACCUAAAAUUGUCUGGAACAAAAAGGGAAAGAAAGUCAGCAAUCAGAGAUUUGAGGUAAUAGAGUUUGACGAUGGAUCUGGAUCAGUUCUCAGAAUACAACCACUGCGGACUCCACGAGAUGAAGCUAUUUAUGAAUGUGUUGCUUCCAAUAGUGUCGGUGAAAUAAGUGUGUCCACAAGGCUCACUGUUUUACGUGAGGAUCAGAUUCCCCGGGGUUUCCCCACCAUUGAUAUGGGUCCACAGCUGAAGGUGGUUGAACGGACUCGUACAGCUACUAUGCUAUGUGCAGCCAGUGGCAAUCCUGAUCCCGAAAUAACUUGGUUCAAAGAUUUCUUACCUGUUGACACAAGCAACAACAACGGCCGCAUCAAGCAGUUACGAUCAGGUGCCCUCCAAAUUGAACUGAGUGAAGAAUCUGACCAAGGCAAAUAUGAGUGUGUUGCAACCAACAGUGCGGGUACACGCUAUUCUGCCCCUGCCAAUCUAUAUGUCAGAGUUCGACGGGUCCCACCGAGGUUCUCUAUCCCCCCUACCAAUCAUGAGAUCAUGCCUGGCGGGAGUGUAAAUAUCACCUGUGUCGCGGUGGGCUCACCAAUGCCAUAUGUGAAAUGGAUGCUAGGAGCAGAAGAUUUGACACCUGAGGAUGAUAUGCCGAUAGGGAGGAACGUCCUUGAGCUUAAUGACGUCAGGCAGUCUGCAAACUAUACAUGUGUUGCUAUGUCUACCCUUGGUGUUAUAGAAGCAAUAGCACAGAUAACUGUCAAAGCCUUACCCAAACCUCCAGGAACACCUGUGGUGACAGAAAGCACAGCAACUAGCAUAACCUUGACUUGGGAUUCUGGAAACCCUGAGCCAGUCUCUUACUACAUAAUCCAGCACAAGCCCAAAAACUCUGAGGAGCCAUAUAAAGAAAUUGAUGGGGUGGCCACAACACGCUAUAGCGUAGCUGGCCUAAGCCCUUAUUCAGAGUACGAAUUUCGGGUAGUUGCUGUCAAUAACAUUGGGCGAGGCCCUCACAGUGAGCCCGUGUCAACCAGAACCUCAGAGCAAGCACCUUCAAGUGCACCACGAAAUGUGCAAGCCCGUAUGCUGAGCUCUACCACCAUUUUGGUACAGUGGGAAGAACCUGAGGAACCUAACGGACAAAUACAAGGUUACCGAGUUUAUUAUACCAUGGACCCCACUCAACAUGUCAACAGCUGGACGAAGCACAAUGUGGCCGACAGCCAUAUUACCACUAUUGGGAACCUAGUGCCCCAGAAAACGUAUUCCGUGAAGGUUCUUGCCUUUACUUCUGUUGGGGAUGGACCGCUUUCUAGUGACAUUCAAGUCAUCACUCAAACAGGAGUGCCUGGUCAGCCGUUGAACUUCAAAGCAGAACCUGAGUCUGAAACAAGCAUACUACUUUCUUGGACACCUCCACGUUCUGAUACUAUUUCCAGUUAUGAACUGGUUUACAAAGACGGGGAGCAUGGGGAGGAGCAACGUGUUUCCACUGAGCCUACUACAUCUUACCGCCUGCAAGGGCUGAAGCCAAACAGCUUGUACUUAUUCCGCCUAGCUGCCCGUUCUCCACAAGGCCUGGGUGCUUCCACAGCAGAAAUCUCAGCCAGAACCAUGCAGUCAAAGCCAUCAGCUCCUCCUCAAGACAUUAGUUGCACAAGCCCCAGCUCCACUAGCAUUUUGGUAAGUUGGAAACCUCCACCAGUGGAAAAGCAGAACGGCAUUAUCACUGAGUACUCCAUCAAGUACAUUGGGAUUGAUGGAGAAGAUGUCAAGCCCCAUGAAAUUUUGGGAAUUUCCUCGGACAGUACCCAAUACCUUUUGGAACAGCUGGAAAAAUGGACUGAGUACCGGAUAUCUGUGACUGCCCACACUGAUGUUGGACCUGGCCCAGAGAGCUUAGCAGUAUUGAUUCGGACAGAUGAAGAUGUUCCUAGUGGUCCUCCUCGCAAAGUCGAGGUAGAGGCUGUCAACUCUACUGCUGUUAAAGUGUCAUGGCGCUCACCUGUACCCAAUAAGCAGCAUGGUCAGAUCCGAGGAUACCAGGUCCACUAUGUGAGGAUGGAAAAUGGAGAGCCCAAGGGUCAACCCAUGCUGAAGGACAUCAUGCUGGCUGAUGCACAGUGGGAAUAUGAUGAUACUACUGAACAUGAAAUGAUAAUUUCUGGACUUCAGCCUGAAACGACAUACUCUCUCACUGUGACAGCCUAUACAACGAAAGGUGAUGGAGCCCGCAGCAAGCCCAAACUCGUGUCUACUACUGGUGCAGUUCCAGGGAAACCUCGGCUUGUGAUCAGCCACACACAGAUGAACACGGCUCUUAUUCAGUGGCAUCCUCCUGUCGAUACCUUUGGCCCGCUGCAGGGUUACCGCCUCAAGUUUGGUCGCAAGGAUGUGGAAACCUUUACAACCAUGGAGUUCUCAGAGAAAGAAGAUCACUUCACAGCCACAGACAUUCACAAGGGAGCUUCUUACGUCUUCAGGCUUUCGGCUAGAAAUAAAGUGGGCUUUGGGGAGGAGAUGGUUAAAGAGAUUUCUGUUCCUGAAGAGGUACCCAGUGGAUUUCCCCAAAACCUCCACUCGGAAAGCUCCACUUCUACAUCAGUUCAAUUAACUUGGCAGAUGCCAGUCUUGGCAGAGAGAAAUGGCAUCAUCACCAAAUAUACCGUCCUGUACAGAGAUAUCAAUGUUGCUUACCAGCCAGUUGAACUCCCCGUUGUUCCUGCUGAUACCACUAUGACACUUUCUGGCUUAAAACCAGAUACCACAUAUGAUGUAAAAGUACGUGCCCAUACAAGCAAAGGGCCUGGUCCAUAUAGUCCAAGUGUCCAGUUCAGGACACUACCCGUGGAUCAAGCAGUGUUCGCAAAAAAUUUUCAUGUUAAAGCAGUAAUGAAGACUUCGGUUUUGCUCUCUUGGGAAAUUCCAGAAAAUUAUAAUUCAGCCUUGCCUUUCAAAAUCCUUUACGAUGAUGGGAAGAUGGUGGUGGAGGUUGACGGACGUGCUACUCAAAAGCUGAUCACUAACCUGAAGCCAGAGACAUCGUAUUCAUUUGUACUGACAAACAGAGGGAACAGUGCUGGAGGUCUUCAGCACAGAGUGACAGCGAAGACUGCACCAGAUGUGCUGCGCACCAAGCCGGUCUUCAUUGGAAAGACCAACUUAGACGGCAUGAUAACUGUGGAACUUCCAGAAGUACCUGCAAAUGAGAAUAUAAAGGGUUAUUACAUUGUUAUUGUGCCUUUGAAGAGGUCUCGCGGAAAGUUUAUCAAACCGUGGGAAAGCCCAGAUGAAAUGGAACUAGAUGAGCUGCUUAAGGAGAUAUCUAGGAAACGCAGAAGCAUUCGUCUUGGGAGGGAAGUUGAAUUAAAGCCAUAUAUUGCAGCUCACUUUGAAGUUCUUCCUACGGAGUUCACAUUGGGGGAUAAAAAGCAUUAUGGUGGCUUUGAGAAUAAGCAACUCCAGAGUGGUCAAGAAUAUGUCUUCUUUGUGUUGGCUGUAAUGGAGCACUCAGAAUCUACAAUGUAUGCAACCAGCCCAUACUCUGAUCCUGUUGUGUCAAUGGACCUCGAUCCCCAACCAAUUACAGAUGAGGAAGAAGGCUUGAUCUGGGUUGUAGGACCGGUUCUUGCUGUGGUGUUUAUCAUCUGUAUUGUUAUAGCUAUACUUCUUUAUAAAAGGAAGAGGGCUGAAUCUGACUCGAGAAAGAGCAGCAUACCCAACAGCAAGGAGGCUCCCUCUCACCAUCCCACAGACCCAGUGGAGCUGCGACGCCUUAAUUUUCAAACUCCAGGUAUGGCAAGUCAUCCCCCAAUACCUAUCUUGGAACUUGCAGAUCAUAUUGAAAGAUUGAAAGCGAAUGACAAUUUGAAGUUCUCGCAGGAAUAUGAGUCUAUUGAUCCUGGUCAGCAGUUCACGUGGGAACACUCUAACCUGGAAGUAAACAAACCAAAGAAUAGAUAUGCGAAUGUAAUUGCAUAUGACCAUUCUCGUGUUCUACUCUCAGCAAUAGAAGGCAUACCUGGCAGUGACUAUAUCAAUGCCAACUACAUAGACGGCUACAGAAAGCAGAACGCGUAUAUAGCCACCCAAGGGGCGCUGCCGGAAACCUUUGGAGACUUCUGGAGAAUGAUGUGGGAGCAACGGGGCGCAACGGUUGUCAUGAUGACAAAGCUAGAGGAAAGGUCCAGGGUGAAGUGUGAUCAGUACUGGCCAAGCAGAGGCACAGAAACUUACGGGCUAAUCCAAGUGACUCUCUUAGAUACUGUUGAAUUGGCAACAUAUUGUGUUCGUACAUUUGCACUUUACAAGAAUGGUUCAAGUGAGAAACGGGAAGUGAGGCAAUUCCAGUUCACUGCCUGGCCUGACCACGGUGUUCCUGAACAUCCUACACCGUUCUUAGCUUUCCUGCGGCGAGUCAAAACCUGUAACCCACCUGAUGCUGGACCUAUGGUUGUACAUUGCAGCGCUGGAGUCGGCAGGACUGGCUGUUUCAUUGUGAUAGAUGCCAUGUUAGAGAGAAUAAAGCAUGAAAAGACUGUAGAUAUUUAUGGCCACGUAACUCUAAUGAGAGCGCAGAGGAAUUACAUGGUUCAAACUGAGGACCAAUACAUCUUUAUCCAUGAUGCACUGCUGGAAGCAGUGACAUGUGGAAAUACCGAAGUGCCAGCCAGAAACCUGUAUGCAUAUAUUCAGAAGCUGACACAGAUCGAAACGGGAGAGAAUGUCACAGGCAUGGAACUGGAAUUUAAGCGUCUAGCUAGCUCUAAAGCUCACACUUCAAGAUUCAUCAGUGCCAAUCUUCCAUGUAAUAAAUUCAAAAAUCGCCUUGUCAAUAUUAUGCCAUAUGAGUCUACAAGGGUAUGCUUGCAGCCAAUCCGUGGAGUGGAAGGCUCUGAUUAUAUAAACGCCAGUUUUAUUGAUGGAUACAGACAGCAGAAGGCUUACAUAGCUACACAGGGACCUUUGGCAGAAACAACUGAAGAUUUCUGGAGAAUGCUCUGGGAGCAUAAUUCUACAAUUGUAGUCAUGCUUACUAAGCUACGAGAAAUGGGCAGAGAAAAAUGCCACCAGUAUUGGCCUGCAGAGCGUUCAGCCAGAUACCAGUAUUUUGUGGUAGAUCCAAUGGCAGAGUACAACAUGCCACAGUAUAUUCUAAGGGAAUUCAAGGUUACAGAUGCAAGGGAUGGCCAGUCCCGUACAGUGAGGCAGUUCCAGUUCACUGACUGGCCAGAACAAGGAGUGCCAAAGUCUGGAGAAGGAUUUAUUGACUUCAUAGGCCAAGUGCAUAAAACAAAAGAGCAGUUUGGUCAGGAUGGACCAAUCUCUGUUCAUUGUAGUGCGGGUGUUGGAAGAACUGGAGUAUUCAUAACCCUGAGCAUUGUGUUGGAAAGAAUGAGAUAUGAAGGUGUUGUUGACAUCUUCCAGACUGUCAAAAUGUUAAGGACACAACGGCCAGCCAUGGUACAGACGGAGGAUCAAUACCAGUUCUGCUAUCGAGCCGCACUAGAAUAUCUGGGCAGCUUUGAUCACUAUGCAACGUAAAAACCCACCGUGGAUUUUUAUUGCAGGCCCUUUAAGAUCCAGAGAGCCGCUUCUGAGCCAUACGGUGUGCUUUAGAAAUACUUCUUAACUCUUAGCUAAGGAGCAAUUAUUGGGGAUAUAUAAAACAAACAAAAAUAUUGGGGAUAUAUAAAACAAAAACAAAAACUAUUCCAUGUGGACCAAGAAUUCACAGUUUAAUAACCUAACCAUAAUAAAACAAUCCUGACCGGUGAGGCGUCUGAAGGAUCUCAUUUACAGAUACCUCAAGGGUCCGACAUUGGUUGAAGUUAAAGGGAAGAGGAAAUUGUUGGAAGGAAGCAUCAUCUUGUUCAGGAUUGCAUGAUUGUUGCAAAGAGGAGUUUUGAGAGAACUGCAAUUCAGUGCAAGAUGUUUGUUAAAAGGCCGGUACGUGGCUUCUAAAACAAAAGGGACUCUUUGCUUCAACAUCACCCCUUUCCACCAUACUGCUCAUCAUAACACUUUAGGGAAAAUGUGGGAAUGUUUAAAAGGAAAGUCCUUGAUUUAGUUUUUUAGUAUUGUAAAGAUACUGCUGACCUGUGCUUCAUUUUUAACUGUGUAAACUUUUUCCUUUUUUUAACAAGAGUUUAUCAUUCAAUGAAGUGAAUUAAAAACAAGGUUGCAUAACUGUUCAUUUUUUUGUUUAAAAAUUGUAGAUUUUUUUAAGCUGUAGAACUGUUAUCUGUAAUAUCGUGCUGUAGACAUGUUAACGAAUUUGAAAAUUUGCACAUUUUUGUGCAGUCCUAUAUUUAUCUACAGUACCACAGUCUUGUUAGAUAUUACUUUUACAGUUUUGUUUAUUUUAUUUUUCUUUAAGAAAAUAUUCAUUGUAAUCAGUUAAAUCAAAAUGGGGCUUUUUGGUUUCAUUUGGAAUCAACAGGGAGGCGCAAAGUAUAAAGAUGCUGCUAACACACACACACACACACACACGCACAUGCACACACGCACACGCACACGCACGCACACCCGCACAUGCACACCCCUCUCUCCUCUAUAUGUAUAGGUAUAUGUAUGUAUUGCAGUCUACUCAAAUCUAUCUGUCUGUAUAGCUACAGUGAUACAGAUAGAUAGAUAUCUGCACACAUACACAUAAAUAUAUCAGUUCUUCCAUGACUUGGAUUUAUCAAAGUGGUGGGAAAGCUUUUCAGCAUACUGCAAUCAAGAUGUACUAGCAUUUGAUCUUCUCUGCAUUUCCAAAGUCCAGAAACUUUUGUUUUGAAGGGAAAUGAGGAAUGCACAUCACUGAUAUUAGAACAUCAUCCCUAUCUCAAAUGAUAUUUGUAGCCACGUUGUCACUUGAACACACAAACACACACACACACAAACACACACACACACAAAAAACACACGUGCGCGUACACACACACACACACACACACACACACACACACACACACACACACAGUAUGUGGUUUAGGCUUCCAGUGAAGUUCAAUAUUUGUAACACUUUAGUGCAAUAAGAAAUCAUAUUAUUAAAUGUAGGAGGUGUGCAUGUGGAAAAGGUCAGUGCAUAUCCCUUUAGGGGGGAGAAUGUUGUAAUAUACUAGCUAUUAAGAUGUUUUAAAACUGUAUUCAAUAGUAUACUGUCUAUAGUGUGCGCUAUGAAAUUUACAUUUAUCGUAUGUAACAGGGCAAAGCCAAACACACAUUGCUCUGUGAAAUCAAACUUUUUGUGGCACACAGCAUUGUUUGGAGAUGCUGUUUUUUAUUUUAAUUUUACAUUUAGAGUGCCUUAUAUUUGAUGCCUAUUUUGAAUAGCAUUUCUUUAAGUUAGCCUUCAUUUGUAUUUAGUUCAGUUCAUAUCUCUGUUAUUCUUUUCAGUGAAAACAACAUUCUAACACAUGUAAUCAGACAAUUUUGAAUAAUAUGCAUUCCCAGUCUCUAAUCAAGUACGGAUGGUAAUAAGUGAUAACCCAAAACACAUAGGUAGUCAAGGCCCUUUGUCUUUCCAUAUUUCCAACUACAGACCAGCCCACAACUUAAAGAUCCAUUUCCAGUUGGCUUUUCAAAACCACUGUGUCACUCGUUAUAGUAUUAUCAUUGCAGAGAUGUAGCAGUACACUAGUAGUAGCUGACAUAAGUAGUGUUUGUGCAUCUUUUUUUUUUAAUUUUGGGCUAGCCCUGCUCUUUCACUUGUGUCAACAGAUUGCUAAAGUCAAACCGUUGCUUUCGGUGGGAUGGUUCAUGUAAGGCUAGCACAACUGAGCCCUCAGGGCAUAUUUUAGAAUGACACUAGUUUUUCUUCUGGGGAUAAAAAAAAUUCUGUUAACAGCACAAAGUAUUUUGUGGGACUUUUAAUACCAUGCCAUUUACAUUGACCCCAUUUUUCUGUCAUGCCUUGUACCAAUUAGUACAUGAGUAUCUAAGGAAUUAUUUCUUUGGGGUUUCAGAUAAGAGCAUCGGUAUGGCUUGGCAAUGUCACCUUAACUUUUUCUUCUUCCACAUUUCCCACUACUAGCAGAAAGAAAUAUAUGAAAGACCAAACUCUAGCAAGCAUUGUAUUUGAGCACUUUUGUAAAGAAAAAAACCACAAAAACAAAACAAAAAUAUAAAUAUAUAUAUAAAAUAGAAGUAUUAUAGAAGGCUACCUCAGAAUGAGAUUCUAUAACUUACAUCUGAACCAGAGAAGAAUGUGCACUAUGUUUCUUUUUCUUCUUCUUUCUUGAUUUGUAUUUUUUAAAGAAUUAUUGAAGUGCCAGGUUAUGUGGUGUGGUCAUGUCCUUUUAUUCAAAUAUUGGGGAUCAGAAAAACACAUAUAAUUAUAGAAAGGAUAUUUUUGGAAACAGACUAGGGAAGAUUCUUGCACACCAGAUCUGUAAACAGAUCAGAGCUUUCUCCCUAGUAGACUAUCUUGCAAGGUCUAAGGAAAAAGGAGGGCGUUAAAAAAAAAAAUUAGAGCCAGUUUGUAAGGGAAACCGCUGUACAACUAAAUAUUCUUCUAGCUUUUAUGUUUAUGAGUUGUUUCUAAAGAGAACCGUUAGCAUCAUUGAUGUGCAUUCCACUUUCUGUAUUCUUAUAUAUAGUCAUUCUACAGUUAAUUUAAAUUGAAAGCAUGUCUACAUAUAGCGUACAUUUCCAAGCUUAGAAUUGGUUUCAUCAGCAUAACCAGUACGGUGCUAUUAUUUACGUUUGUAUGUGUAGUUAUGUCUAAUUUUGUAAUUAGUUGCAAUGGGGAAAAACUCAAAAUAUAUAAAAAUGAUUUGUACAGAAGUUUAUUUUAGCUCUUUUUUUAAAAUGUUUUGAGUAGCUAGAUGUUGGAGAGGAUGGCUGGGGGAAGGGAGGGGCCCUCUAGGGAGAUUUGCACUUUCUAUACCUUUGUACUAUGCACUGCCCUAUUGAUUCUACACCCAAUAAUGUUAUUACUUGAACCCAUCUGUAAGAAACUGCUUAUAAAAUCCACUUGUGUGUACGUAAAUGACACAGAACGUGUAAAAAGGAAAAAAAAAAAGUUAGCAGCGACAAACAAAAAACGCAGCUGCUUUUUUUCCUUUUAUUCUCUCCAGGUUUUCCUUUAUUUUUCUUUAUUCUUUUUUUUUCUUAUUUCCUUUUUUUUCUUGGUGCCCUGAUACUCCAACAGAUAUCAGAAGGCUGCAGGUCCCAUCAUAACCAUCUGUUAUGUGGCUUUGCCAUUCAAGCUUGGAGUGUCUUUACAAAGAUAAUAAAAAAAUUGUGUUCUUUGCUCUUGUUUUGGAUGCAUAGACUGAAAAAUAAAAAAUUACCUUGUACAAUGGCUUGUUAAAAAAAAUACAAUUACCUCUAAUUAGUAGUACGCGUAAAUGUUUUACAGAAUGAAAGGCGUGCUUUUUAUUUUCUUACUUCGUUACAUUGGUGGCGAAAGAAAGUCUGUAUGAAAAUCAGUUCUUUGCUGACACAAGUUCCAUUUGUUACAAAUGAAUUCUAAUAAAAUGUCAGUGUUAUGCA